GUACACAAUGGAUGAGCUCGCCUGCCCGGCGUCCUCCGGCGUCCCUCCUUUCCCGGUAUCCUUCUCCGCCGUCAGCCAUGACCAGCACCCACCAGCGCUCGAGUUCAUGUCAUGUGAUGAAAUCCUGGAGCAGUGGUUGCUGGGCAAGCAAGACGAGGAGGAGCCCCGGGAUGGUCGUCGUGCCAUCCAGCCGCCGCCGCCGGCACCAUUCGUGGAGAGGAGCCGGCCGGGGGCAUGGAAGCCCGGCCCUCGAACCUGUGCCCCCGCCAUGAGCCACGUGGAGGCCGAGCGGCAGCGGCGGGACAGGCUCAACCGCCGGUUCUGCGACCUCCGGGCCGCCGUGCCCAGGGUGUCCCGGAUGGACAGGGCGUCCCUCCUCUCCGACGCCGUCGCCUACAUCGCCGAGCUGCGUGGCCGCGUUGAGCAGCUCGAGAAGGAGGCCUCCAGGCGUGCCUCCCUCGGCCAUUGCUCUUUGCCUGGCGCGCCCGAGCAGGAGGACAUGGCAUUGGAGGCGUGGAUGAUCGGGCCGGAGGCGGCGGCGCUGCGCCUGAGGACGGCCGCCGAGCGCCACGCCCCCGCGCUCCUCAUGGCCGCGCUCCGCGCGCUGGACCUGCCGGUGCACCACGUCUGCGUGUGCCGCGUGGGCGGCGUCACCGUGCAGGACGUCGUCGUGGACGUGCCGUCGGCCGGGCUGCGGCGAGAGGGCCAGCUUCGCGCGGCGCUUCACGGAUUGUUACUGCAGGAGAGCGGCUAGCUAGAUCGGCUGCGUCGUACCCUCAUUCACUACUGAUGAUGCUCUGUAGCUUGU